UACUAAUUAUGGCAAAUUUGUAAGAACAGAUUAUGUCACAAAUUCAUGAAAUAUUCAAAGAACUCAGUAUUGAAACAUUACAUAAUAGAAUAGCAAAAAUAGUCGAAUCCAUCCAUUUUAGAAGUAUAAGAUGCUCUAGCCCAAAAACAUCCUAGAUUGCCAAAAGCAAUUUUGCAAUCUAAGAUUAAGAUUUAUUUUUAAGAUAAUGUUAUAAAAGAGUAAAAGGAAACUAAAGAUGUAGUUGUGAUAGAGGAUAAAUAGCCUUAGAAAAAAGUAAAAUUAGAUAACACCAAUAAUAAUUAAAAUUAAAAUAUUGGAAAGAAUAAUUAAUCAUAAGCCUUAGAUGAAGAAACAUUGAUGUAAUUUCCAACAUUAAAUGAUGUUGGAGGGAUUGAAUCAAUAAAAUCAUAAAUAGAAUCUAUGAUAUACAUGCCAUUACAGUAUGCGCAUAUAUUUACUGAAUUGGGAAGUAAUGCUCCAAAAGGAAUUUUAUUAACAGGAGCAACAGGUUGUGGAAAGACUUAUCUUGCAAAGGCUAUUUGCAGAGAUUUAUACUAAAAAUAUAAAUUGAAUAUAUUUAUGAAGAAUGGAUCAGAAAUCGUGGCAUCUUUGAGUGGAGAAUCAGAAAAAAAUAUUAGAUAAUUAUUUUAAUAAGCUGCAUAAGAAGCACCAUCUUUAGUUUUUAUAGAUGAUAUAGAUGUAAUUGCAGGUGAUAGAGAUAAAGCAAAUAAGUAAAUAUUUUAAUUUCAAAUUUAGAUAAAUGGAAAGAAGAGUAGUAACUCAAAUAAUGGGUAGUUUAGAUUAAUUGCCAAAUAAUGUAUUCUUAAUUGCAACUACAUCUCAUCCAGAUUAAUUAGAUCCUGCAUUAAGAAGAAGUGGAAGAUUUGAUAAAGAAAUCAUGAUAACAGUUCCUACAGAUGAAUAAAGAGAAGAUAUUUUAAGAAAAUUAACUAAACCAUUAAAGAUAAAUAAUAUAGAUUUUUAUAGUUUAUCUAGAAGAACUCCUGGGUAGAUAUAAUGAAUAUAAGAUAGAUAUGUGGCUUCUGAUUUAUUUUCAUUAAGUAAAGAGGCAGCAGUGGAAGCAGUAAAAAGAUUAAUAAAUAGCGAAGAGACUGUAGAGAUAUAAGCUAUAGAUUUUGAGAUGGCAUUAAAAAAAGUGUAACCAACAGCAAAAAGAGAAGGGUUUGCAGUAAUACCAGAUGUUACUUGGUCUGAUAUAGGAUCAUUAUAAGAAUUAAGAAAAGAAUUGGAUAAUUGUUUAGUAUUACCAAUUUAAAAUCCAGAAGUGUUUUAAAAGUUUAAAGUGAGACCACCUGCAGGAGUAUUAUUAUGGGGACCUCCAGGUUGUGGAAAAACUUUAUUAGCAAAAGCAGUAGCUAAUGCAUCAAGAGCAAAUUUUAUAGCAGUUAAAGGACCUGAAAUAUUAAAUAAAUAUGUUGGAGAAUCUGAGAAAGCUAUUCGAGGAGUAUUAAAAUAAUUAAUAAAUAUUAGUUAUUUACAAGAGCUAGAGCUUCUUAACCUUGCAUAAUUUUCUUUGAUGAAAUAGAUGCAAUUUGUCCAGUUAGAGGAACAGAUGGAGGAGGUUAAGUAACUGAAAGAGUUGUAAAUUAAUUAUUAACAGAAUUAGAUGGAUUUGAAGAUAGUAUUUAAAUUAAUAAUAUAAAUUUAGGAAAAUAAGUAUUUAUUAUAGCUGCCAGUAAUAGACCUGAUAUUUUAGAUCCAGCUAUUUUGAGACCUGGAAGAAUUGAUAAACCUUUAUAUGUUCCAUUACCUGAUGAAUCUGGUAGAGAAGACAUACUUAGAACUAUUGCUCAAAAAUCACCUAUUCAAGAUGUAGAUUUCUAAGAAUUGGCGAAGUCUUGUGAAAACUUUACUGGAGCUGAUUUAUCUAACUUAGUUACUUCUGCAGCUUUAGAUGCUAUCAUAUCUUUUUAGAAUGUUAUUACUCAUAACAAUUUCAUUCGUUCAUUAAGUAAAGUUAGACCAUCUAUAAGCGAUGCUGAUAGAAAAGCUUAUGAAAAGUUGCGUUAAAAAAUAUAAAUGUGAUUAAAAAUAUUUGUUUUUAUUG